UACACACACACACACGCGCAUACACAAACCCAUGUCGUGAAAUCACCAUUAAAAUAACACAAACCAUAACGUAGGAAGCAUGAAGAUGCACCAAUUGUCCCGUGGACUCUCCUCGUGGGAUAACAAUAAUCAUAUCAUUAUCAAUAACAAUCGUAGUAGUAGUAAUCACCAUGGUUGCCAAACAUCACUAACCCUAAGCUGCAAGCGUCUGCACUCUCUAGCCGCCGCUUCUCCUCCUCCUUCUUCCCCUUCCUCCGCCACUUCGGCCUCUGCUCUCGACCUCAAGAGCUUCAUUAACGAGGCCCGAGAAACCGGUACCAACAAUGAUCACAGGAGAGAUUCACCUCAUCAGGUGGAGACGCACCCGGGCGGGACUCGUUGGAACCCGACUCAGGAGCAAAUAGGGAUACUUGAGAUGUUGUAUAAAGAUGGAAUGCGUACACCGACCGCUGAGCAGAUCGAACACAUCACAUCUCAAUUGGGGAAAUACGGAAAAAUAGAGGGCAAGAAUGUGUUCUAUUGGUUCCAAAACCACAAGGCGCGUGAGAGGCAGAAGCAGAAGAGAAACAACAACAACAACAACCUCAGUCCAAAGCCUGUCUCUAACAUGACAACAACUACAGUAUUGUCAUUAGACAACAGGAGAGAGGUAAUGGCGGAGAAGGGCAUAGAAGACAGUCCAUACAAGAGGGCAUGCAGGAGCUGGGGUUUCGAGGACGUGGAACUAGAGUGCAAGACAAAUCCUUGUAAUAGCAGUAAACAUGAUAAUAACGGCAAUAACCACAAUAACAAUAAACUAUUUAACAAUAACGUCAAAACCCUAGAGCUUUUCCCUUUGCACCCCGAAUUAGGUAAAUCAUGAAUGAGGGGGUUAUAUAUAAUUCUUAAAUGGAUCUGCUGAAUUUGCGCAGAAUUUAAUUACUAACUCAUCUAUUUCAUUUCUUA